AUGCCCGGAGACCUGCCCUGGCUCAACCUCUCCAGCCGCCCGGCGGCGCUGGGCAACGCGUGCGCGGCCGGCGCGGGGCAGCUGCUUCAGCACCGCGGCCAGUUCUCCGCCGGCCUCUCGGUGCUGCUGGCCGCGCUCAUGGGGCUGCUGGUGCUGGCCACCGUGCUGGGCAACGCGCUGGUCAUCCUGGCCUUCGUGGUGGACCGCAGCCUCCGCACGCAGGGCAACUUCUUCUUCCUCAACCUGGCCCUCGCCGACCUGCUGGUGGGUGGCUUCUGCAUCCCGCUCUACAUCCCCUACGUGCUGACGGGCGAGUGGAAGUUCGGCAAGGGCUUGUGCAAGCUGUGGCUGGUGGUGGAUUACCUGGUGUGCACCGCCUCCGUCUUCAACAUCGUCCUGAUCAGCUUCGACAGGUUCAUUUCCGUUACCAAAGCGGUGAGUUACAGAGCUCAGAAGGGGAUGACUAGAAAUGCAGUAUUAAAGAUGAUAAUCGUAUGGAUUGCAGCUUUUCUUCUCUAUGGACCAGCCAUCAUCAGUUGGGAGUAUAUUGCUCAAAAAACUAUCCUCCCUGAAGGAGAGUGCUAUGCUGAAUUUUUCUACAAUUGGUAUUUCCUAAUGAUUGCUUCUACUAUUGAAUUCUUUACACCUUUCAUUAGCGUUACAUACUUUAACUUAAGCAUUUACAUCAACAUCAAGAAGCGCACUCCCAUGAGAAACAAAAACCUAGCACCUGGUCAAGAGGACUGUGAAACAAGUUUCCAAGGGAAAAAAAGGGAGCAUGUAAUAUUUUUUGUAAAACCUGACAGACAGAGAGCUAAGAAAAGGAGAGCUAGUAGCCUUUCACCCACUAGACCCUGCGGUUCAAGGCUCAGCCUAUGUAAACUUGAUAACCAGUCCCUAGAUUUUAAUGUUGGGCAAGAUUUACCACCUUUACAGGUGGAUGUUGAGACUAAACAACCCAGGGGCAGUUUUUACAAAGCUAUAGAAAACGUUUGCACGACCACAAGAAGAACAGACAUUGCCAACAGCAUGGCAAACAGAGUUAGACUUUCCCGGGACAAACGAGUAGCCAAGUCUUUAGCAAUUAUUGUCUGUGUGUUUGGUUUGUGUUGGGCUCCUUAUACACUUCUGAUGAUCAUUAGAGCAGCUUGUCAUGGGCAAUGUGUGCAUCAUUCUCUCUAUGAGACUUCAUUUUGGCUUCUGUGGCUGAACUCAGCCAUUAACCCUGUUUUAUACCCACUGUGCCACAUGAGCUUCAGGAAAGCUUUUAUAAAACUGCUAUGUCCUGGUAAGGCUAAAAUUCAUCCCCACAUUUUUAUGUAAAAAUGUAUAAGGAAUACAAGAAUGUUAUGUAGAAACACUACUUGCUUCUAAAAGGAACCUACUGGCGCUGCUUUGGUUUAGGUCCAUGCAUUAGGACUACCACUGGUUACUUUAAGUCAGGGUAGGCUUAGGAGAAUUUAAAGAUCAAUGCAAAUAUAAAUCUCUGAUUUAUUUGUGUAGAAGUACAGAAAGAACUGACAGGGAUUUGUAGGGGAUCUUAAUGCAUGACAGUCUCUGUUAGCAAGAGUCAGGCUAGCUG